AUGGUUUUAGAGGUGAUGGACAACAAUGGAUCUAUCUGUUUGUCCCGGAACGAGAGCGACCGCGGACUGAGCGCUUCCUCCGCCGGAGUGUCCACUGCGCUGGCCAGCGUGCUGAUCUUCACCAUAGUGGUGGACAUACUGGGCAAUGUCCUCGUCAUUCUCUCUGUAUACAGGAACAAAAAGCUCAGGAAUGCAGGUAACAUCUUCGUUGUGAGCUUGUCCGUGGCAGACCUGGUGGUGGCGUUGUACCCGUACCCUCUGGUCCUGACAGCCAUCUUCCACGAUGACUGGACCAUGGGCGACCUGCACUGCCAGGCCAGCGGCUUCAUCAUGGGCCUCAGCGUCAUCGGCUCCAUCUUCAACAUCACGGCCAUCGCCAUCAACCGGUACUGCUACAUCUGCCACAGCCUGCACUACGACCGCCUGUACAGCCUGAGGAACACCUGCUGCUACCUGGGCCUCACCUGGCUGCUCACCGCACUCGCCACCGUGCCAAACUUCUUUGUUGGCUCGCUGCAGUACGACCCCCGUAUCUACUCCUGCACCUUCGCCCAGACAGUUAGCUCAUACUACACCAUCUCUGUGGUCGUUAUUCACUUUCUGAUCCCGCUGCUGGUUGUGUCCUACUGCUACAUGAGGAUAUGGGUGCUGGUAAUUCAAGUGAAACAUCGAGUUAAACCGGAGCAAAGGGCCAAACUGCAGCCUAGUGAUGUGAGGAACUUCCUGACUAUGUUUAUGGUGUUUGUGUUGUUUGCCUUCUGCUGGGCUCCACUGAACCUCAUUGGCCUGGCUGUAGCUAUAAAUCCUGUGAAAGUUGCGCCCAACAUACCCGAGUGGCUCUUUGUCACAAGCUACUUUAUGGCGUACUUCAACAGCUGCCUCAACGCGGUCAUAUAUGGACUGCUAAACCAGAACUUCCGUAAAGAAUACAAGACGAUCCUUCUUGCUAUUUGCAUCCCACGUUUGCUCCUCAUGGAGACGUCCAGGGGCGCCACCGAGGGAAUGAAGAGUAAGCAUUCGCCAGCUGUAACGAACAACAAUGUGGCAGAAUUAAAUGUAUAA